GGUUAACCUUAGUACUGGUACUCUUUCCAAGAUAUACCAGCCCUUCUAUUAAGUACAGAAACAAAACUGAAGAAACUAACUUAUCUAUCUGCUGAUCAUUACUUGUUGAGCAUGUCUGAAUCUCAGACUUCUGUAAAACUUCCCAUUUUCGACAUCUCGAGGCCUUUUAGUUCAUCUUCCCUUAAGUCCCUUUCUUUAGCUUGUAAAGAAUGGGGUUUCUUUCACAUCCGCAACCAUGGAAUUCCAAAAGAUUUAUGCAGACAACUUCAUUUCCUUUCUAACCAGACUUUCAGUCUUCCUUCUGAUGUAAAGCUGAAAGCUGGACCAUUAUCAAAUAUAAGAACCUACACUCCCCACUUCAUUGCUUCCCCUUUCUUUGAGAGCCUGAGGGUGUCUGGACCUGACUUCUUUGCCUCUGCACAAAGCACUUGCCAUGCCCUCAUCAACCAGCCAAUUCUUGAGUUCAGUCAUGCAAUGGAGGUGUAUGGGAGGAAAAUGGAAGAACUGUCCAAAAGCAUUGUUGAGGUCAUACUGAUGAGCUUAGGCCCUGAAUUUGAGCAGAAAUUUGCAUCUGAAUUCAAGAACUGUCAUGGCUAUCUAAGAGUAAACAACUACACUCCACCCGAAUUCACGACAAAUGUACAAGAGGAAGAAGAAGUUGAAGGGCUAGGCAUGCACACUGAUAUGAGCUGUAUAACAAUAGUGUAUCAAGAUGAAGUUGGUGGUCUUCAAGUUAGAUCCAAAGAAGGCAAGUGGAUGGAUAUUGAUCCUUGUCAAGACACUCUUGUUGUGAAUGUUGGUGAUCUUUUGCAGGCUUGGAGUAAUGGGAAAUUGAGGUCAUCUGAGCACAGAGUUGUCCUAAAAGAGCCUAUAAGUCGAUUUUCGAUUGCUUUCUUUUGGUGUUUUGAAGAUGAGAAACUGAUUGUUGCCCCGAAAGAGAUUGUUCGUAGUGAAAAUUUGAGAGUCUAUAAGCCUUUUGUUUGUGCUGAUUAUUUGAGGUUUAGAGAAAGCAAUGAGAAAGGUAAGUUUGAGAAAGUUGGUUUCACAGUAAAACAUUUCGCAGGUAAAUAAUUACUAUCUUUAUUAUAGCAUUCUCUUCUUCCCAUUGAUGUGUCUCCAGGUGAUAACAAUAUUUUAUUUUGAUAAGUGAGGUUAAAAACAUUUUUAGUAUACUUGAAGCUGAAUUUGCCGUUCUUCUUUUCAAAGUCUUAAAUUAUUAUUUACUUUUUUUUUUCCAGUA